CGCUUUCUCGGACGCCUUGCCCAGCGGGCCGCCCGACCCCCUGCACCAUGGACCCCGCUCGCCCCCUGGGGCUGUCGAUUCUGCUGCUUUUCCUGACGGAGGCUGCACUGGGCGAUGCUGCUCAGGAGCCAACAGGAAAUAACGCGGAGAUCUGUCUCCUGCCCCUAGACUACGGACCCUGCCGGGCCCUACUUCUCCGUUACUACUACGACAGGUACACGCAGAGCUGCCGCCAGUUCCUGUACGGGGGCUGCGAGGGCAACGCCAACAAUUUCUACACCUGGGAGGCCUGCGACGAGGCUUGCUGGCGGAUAGAAAAAGUUCCCAAAGUUUGCCGGCUGCAAGUGAGUGUGGACGACCAGUGUGAGGGGUCCACAGAAAAGUAUUUCUUUAAUCUAAGUUCCAUGACAUGUGAAAAAUUCUUUUCCGGUGGGUGUCACCGGAACCGGAUUGAGAACAGGUUUCCAGAUGAAGCUACUUGUAUGGGCUUCUGUGCACCAAAGAAAAUUCCAUCAUUUUGCUACAGUCCAAAAGAUGAGGGACUGUGCUCUGCCAAUGUGACUCGCUAUUAUUUUAAUCCAAGAUACAGAACCUGUGAUGCUUUCACCUAUACUGGCUGUGGAGGGAAUGACAAUAACUUUGUUAGCAGGGAGGAUUGCAAACGUGCAUGUGCAAAAGCUUUGAAAAAGAAAAAGAAGAUGCCAAAGCUUCGCUUUGCCAGUAGAAUCCGGAAAAUUCGGAAGAAGCAAUUUUAAACAUUCUUAAUGUGUCAUCUUGUUUGUCUUUAUGGCUUAUUUGCCUUUAUGGUUAUAUCUGAAGAAUAAUAUGACAGCAUGAGGAAACAAAUCAUUAGUGAUUUAUUCACCAGUUUUUAUUAAUACAAGUCACUUUUUAAAAAAUUUGGAUGUUUUUUAUAUAUAACUAGCUGCUAUUCAAAUGUGAGUCUACCAUUUUUAAUUUAUGGUUCAACUGUUUGUGAGACUGAAUUCUUGCAAUGCAUAAGAUAUAAAAGCAAAUAUGACUCACUCAUUUCUUGGGGUCGUAUUCCUGAUUUCAGAAGACGAUCAUAACUGAAACAACAUAAGACAAUAUAAUCAUGUGCUUUUAACAUAUUUGAGAAUAAAAAGCACUAGCAAAUAAAACUCAUUUUGCAUUUAAAAGUUGGAUUAUAUUUUAGUCCCAAGAAGACAAAGUCGCAGAUUAACAACACUUUAAAAAUAUUACUCCCAUUUUAUUGUGUUAGAUUGCAGUACAAUGAAUGAAUAAGGGGAUUUAUUUAAAAGAUCUUAACUUUCUUGACUGAUUUAAAAUGCUAAUCAAUUUAUUAAAGCCAGAAAUGUUCUCCUCUGGGAAAGCAAUUUCUAUCUAUUUAUCUACCAAUCCCCACUCACAUGUAUAUGUUUGUGUUUACAUAGAGAUAGAUGGUUUUAAGGGUUUUCCUAUUGUUAAAUUAUUUCCUAAGACAUUGUGGGUUGGAGACCACUAAACUUAUAAAAAACCAAGGAAAGUAAAGUUUUUCAAAUGUU